AUUUGUUUCUUGUUUUAUAAAGUCACAAACGGACCAUUAGAAGCCAUUCAUUGACAAUGCCACCGCAACCACCACCACUUCACCCACACCGAUCAACCAAUUUCUCCUCUCCCCACAAAAUCACAAACCAUGUUUGAUCUAAACCCUCAUUUCUCCAACAACCCAAACCAAAAACCAAAUCACAAGUUCGUUGGUUGGAACAAUUCGACUUUUCCAAAUCACCAUGGCAAUCACAAUCACAGAAAUAGGUUCAACGGCGGCGGUGCUUCAGGAUCAGGAGCAGCAGCAGGAGGUAUUCAGUUUAGGUUGGAAACGAUGGACGAAGACUCAGGCGUCUGCUCGCCUCCGUUAUGGCGGAGCCUAAGUCCGCCGGAUAGUCCGGUACGAUUCAACAAUCAACGGCCUCUGUCACCGUCUUCGAGAGCGCAAGCGAUUGCUAGAGGACAGAGAGAGAUCAUGGAGAUGGUGGAGAACAUGCCGGAAACUUCGUAUGAAUUAUCGUUGAAAGAUAUAGUUGAACAAAGAAGAGAAUUAGUUACCGAUGUUAGUGUUGAUGAAACACAAAGUAUGGAAGAAGGAGAAGAGAGAUCAAUAUUGAGCUCUGGUCAAACGGGUAGUCAACGGCGGACGAAGAGCAAAAAAGGAAGCGUGAAAAGGCAAGAGAGCAAUAAAUCAGGGCGCGUAAUCGUGAAAAACGGGAGUAUUAAUCACAAUAAAGGCCUUAUGAUCAAUAUGUUUUUUCCAUUUACAAUUGGAUCGAAGAAGAGGAGUAGUAUUAGAACUAGCACGUCUUUUGGGAACAGUAGCAAUCAUGGUGCCGGUGUAAAAUUUUCUCCCAAGCCGGAAUUACUGGACAAAUCCGCCGGCGGCGGUGGUGACAGUAGGGAUCGGUGGUGGAAGAAAUUUACCGGUUCCAGCGAUAACGAAAGCUUAGGAAUCACGAGUAGCAGCAGCGAAAGCACCGGUAGAAGUGGAAGCAGUGGCAGCAGCGGUAGCAGUGCCGCCGAUAGCCUCCACAGUAACAGCGCCAGGAAAAAUAAUGGUUGCAGUAAUGGAUGCUGGUCUUUUUUCCCCUCGAGGAAGAGAAGAUCAAAAAGUUGAGAUCUAGCUAAACAUGGAUGGUUUGUACUUUGCACACUAGGAUCAACCAUGAGAGAGGUGGUUAAAGUUUUAUUAAGGGAUUUGGUCUGUUGGAAUAGUAUGUUAAUUAUGUGCAGAGUGUUGUAACAUCUACUUCCAUGGACUUCAUGUUAUGAACAUAUUAAAGCACAAGAGUAGUAAUGAUGUGAUAAGGUUAACUACAACCACAAAUGAUUUAUUCAUGUAUUUGUAAUUGUUUUAUGGAAUCGAAACU